AUGGCCGGGCGCCAGAUUGGCGGGCUCAGGGGCCAGGAGAAGUUGAUGCACUUUGCAGUGUAUGCUAUCACUACCUCUGUCUCGAAGGACAGGGAUCGGGCAGUAGCAAGAUCCUCGCAACAGCAACACGACAGCAAGAUGUCCCGGAUACCAGUACCAUAUAACAUGUCUGAGAAGGGAAAGUUGAUUGGAUAUCUCCGUGUCUGGAGACCCUUGUUUACUGCAGCCAGUCUGCGGGGACGAGCCUGGGAUGGCCACAUGGAGAUGGCGGCACAGACUAGCUGCGACGGAACAUUGAGGAUUUCGAGUCGCACAUACUGUGCUAGUAUGAGUGGAGAUUGGAUGCUUGGAGGGCCAACCAAGCACAUGUCGGGGCGCAUAGAUAGAAGGAUACUAGUCACUUCCAGAUACCACAGCGCUUAUCGGUCUGCCAGCAGGUCACCGUUCACGCUGAAGGCUUGA